AUGCCCUAUUUGCUCGUGCUGGCUGCGCGCAACUCCGCGGGCGCUGCUCGCAACGUAGACAAAUGGCUAGGGUCAAAAUCCUCUAGAGGAUAGGUGAAACGGCAAUCCUCAGAGGAUUGCCCAAAAAAGCGGAAGCUCUGAUUUGGUAAAAAGGUUAUCCCCCCAGAGGAAACCCUCACCCAAAGCCCUGGAGGAUCACUGUUCGAAAUCCUCUGGAGGAUCGUUGGAAGAAAUACUCCACGGGGAAUACAUUACAACUUCCUCCAGAGGAUUUAGGAAGGUGAUCCUCCAGAGUUUUGGGUGAGGGGUUUCCUCUGGGGAGGAUCACGUUUUUACCAAAUCAGAGGAUCCGCUUUCUUGGGC